AUGGAGCCCUCUGCCGCGUCUCCUACUGCACCGAGCGACGCUCCAUCGCCUGCAACUGAAGACGGAAGUGGUCGCACACCUCAAGACCUACACGCUGCGCCGAUUGCGAGCCCCCAGGAGCGUCACGAGCGUCCACCACGUGCGUUAGCGACGUCGCUCUUGGACGCUGUAGGGGCCAAGCGAUGGAUGCAAUUGAUCCCGAUUAAGUACGAUGGACCAGCGCGCAAGCGGCGCGAGUGGCUGCCGCACUGGGACGACGUGUACCUGAGUCUGGACGGCGUGACGCUGCGUGUGUUUGAAUCCCGCAGACGAUUUCUCGACCUCCAGCAACAGCAACUGCCGAGCCACAGUAGCACGUCAACGACGCGUCUGGAUGGCGUGACACAUGGCUACAUUGUGACCGCAGUUGAUAUGGAGACGACGAAUCGUCCACACGCUUUCGCGGUCCAGACAACAACACGUGAGAAGAAGGAAACGACGACGACGAAGAAGAAGAAGGACAAAGCGCUGCAUUUGGCCGUGGGUAGUGAGCUGGAAAAAGUGCUGUGGGUCCAUUUGCUUGGUGCAGCUGUCGAACAGGUGCAGAAGGUGCUGCCAAAGACACGAAGGCGGCUGAAAGCUGCCGGCUAUGACGUUGGCUCGUUGCUGAAAAAGCCACUCGUUGCUGCACCUUUGUCAGCAUAUGGCAGGGCGAGAACACAGACGUUGACGCUGUUGGGGACACCCGUGAGUGUCGACUUGGCGAUCUUCUAUGACGCGUGGGGCUGUAUUCAAGCCCGAAAGGGCAAUUUCGCAUUGCUCGUGCCAUGUUUGCACCCAAACGUCACGGUGACGUCGAACUAUCCUCCGGUAGUACCGAUUGCAGGCGAGUACCACGGACUUUCAGGGAUGCUAGCGUUCUUCUCGAAGCUCCAUGCAUCGAUGGAUCUAUCUCACUAUGGCGUCGAACAUAUAGCUCGGCGUGGAGAUCUGGCUGUCGUCUCUGGCCGCGAGACGAUUCGAAACACAGAGAGCGGGCGACGCUUUCGACAUUUGUGGAAACACGAGUUGCGGUUCGAAGCUGACGGACGUAUCAGUUAUAUCAACAUUUUGGGGGACAAGACCGCAGCGGCCGUAGCAUUUGCCAAUGGCGGGGGUACGAAAGUAGCUUCGGUGACUGACGCGGCGGCUGCACCAACAUUGGCCGCACUCUCGCGCGAGCGUGAACAGCAAGUUAGUUCUUGUCCACCAGGUGAGCUUCGUGUAGUGUGUAUAUCUGGCGCGCGGUUUCGCAAGCGCAAAUCAGCAAGCAGGCAAAGCAGUGGGUACAAGGUGGUGCUUGGACUGAACGAGUUUCCGCAUCACACAAGAAACUCUCCUGGCCCGAACUGCACUGGCAGCACCAGCAGCAGGGAUGUGACAAUCACAAACACGGAUGGGCUGAGUCGCAUUGGGUCGUGGAAGUCGUACUCGACCCGUGUCGCACAAAGCAGUGGAGGGAGAGGGCCGAUCUGGGCAGAGACCGUGCAUCUUGAGUUCUCUGGGGCUCUACCUGGUUCAACAGCGACUUUAUGCGUCGAUGUGUGGAGCAUCGGUGUCAUUGGCGACGAGCUGAUCGGCUGUGUGAAGAUAAACUUGGCAAAGUAUUUAGACUUAUCGAAUGGGACAGAAGAGCAAAUUGCAUCUGCGGCUGUUCCGAACCGGUUCGACAUCUACAGAGCCGAGUGUUAUGAAAAGGGUGGACGAAAAGGAGAGGACGAAAGUUGUGGUUGUCUAGAGCUCAGCAUCAGCUUUGUCCCUUACGCCAAGAUAGAUGGAUUGACGAAUGAACCCGACGCUGUGAGGAGCAGUGACGGAGCGAAAGAAUCCGGUUCACCGAUUGGUGAGGUUACAUCGAUUCAGAAUAGACAAACGACAAGGCACCGCAAGAGUCUUGACAGGCUACAGGAGCUGCAUGAGGAGGCAUGUUGCAAUCGACAGGUCUUAGAACGCGACUCGCUUGCCGGAAGCGAUGUAAGUAGUGAACACGGGCUGGCGGAAGCUUUGGAUCAUGCUGGCGAUCAGGUCACACGAAAAUCCACAAGCGAGGAAGAGAUGUACUCCUUCACGGUGGCUUCGACCAAAUUCCGCGUCUACAGGCGCUACCAGCUGAUCCGCGCGAUCGGUCACGGAGCAUACGGGAUCGUGAUUGCAGCAAGUGAUCGAGUGACCGGAAAAUCUGUUGCGAUAAAGAACGUACCGCGCACCUUUGACGAUCUCGUCGAUGCGAAGCGCAUUGUGCGCGAAAUCCGACUGAUGAGGCAUUUGCGCCAUCCGCACGUUGUGUCGCUGUUGGACGUUAUGCGUCCAGCAUCGCUUCCUCGUUUCGAAGAUACGUACAUUGUCACCGACCUCAUGGAGACUGACUUACAUCGAGUCAUCAACUCGUCCGAGACGCUGUCGAGCGAUCACAUCGCUUUCAUCACUUAUCAACUCUUGUGCGGGCUGCGAUACGUUCAUUCCGCGCACGUUGUUCAUCGCGACGUCAAGCCGUCCAAUGUACUUAUCAAUCGCGACUGCCUCGUGAAGCUGUGCGAUUUCGGACUCGCACGCGGUAUGGAUCGGUGCCCAGUUGCACACACCAGCGAAGAUGAGAGCAGCACGCCCAGCAGUCAAGACGCCGAGCCUGGACUUGAUGUCGCGUUGACGGAAUAUGUGGUGACGCGUUGGUAUCGAGCGCCUGAGGUGUUGCUCGCAAGCCGAUACUCUACAGCCGUUGAUCUUUGGGCUGUGGGUUGCAUCCUCGCGGAGAUGUUCACGCGCAAAGCGCUCUUCCCGGGCCAUGAUCACGUGCAUCAAUUGCAGUUGAUCCUGCAGCUGGUAGGAAGUCCGCGAUCCGACGAGAUGGGCUUCAUAUCGAACAUCAAAGCCAAGCGAUGGAUGGCGCGUCAACCGCAACAGGAGGGGAAGCCGCUCUGUUCGGUGUGUCCAAACGCUCCAGCUGAGGCUCUGGAUCUCAUGAAGAAGUUGCUGCGAUUCAACCCUUGCAAGCGAAUUUCAGUGGACGAUGCUCUUGCACAUCCGUUUCUGGCACCCUGUCGUGUGGACGGUGCCGAGUUGGGCUCUGAAAGUCUGGCCGAAAGCGCUUUUGACUCUUCGUUCGAGCGGGAGAAUGGAGGCAACAUGGACAAAAGUACGUUGCGUCGCCUGAUCUUCGAGGACGUGUGUCACUUUCACCCCGAGGCCAUUGCUGAGUUGAAGCAGUUUACAAAGGAGCAAGAGCAGUCGAGGCUCUUGGAGGAGGAAAAGCGCAGGGAGGAGGGCGACAGUCAGAGUAAGGUGACGGCGGGUAAACCAGGGCAGAGCUGGGCGGCUAGCGUGUAG